UCUUGGGGCCACCGUGAGCAGAGCCCGAGCUGGAGCUCCUCUCCAAGGGUCCCUCCCCAUGCCCCACCCCGUCACGUCUGGAGGACUUGGCACUGGCAGCUCACUUGAGCCGGACCCCCGUCCGUCCCGCCCUAGCUGGGAGGAGUGUCUCUGCGUGUCGGCACAGCCCCGAGGAGAAGUGUGUCUGCACCGGUGUUUCCUGCAUCUGCCCCGGGAAAGUUCCGAGGCAUCAGCUAGAUGACACCUCGGCCAAACCCACGACAGUUUAUGGUGGGGGAGUUGAAAAGGAAGCAGUAGGACCCUGCUACUUCCGGAAAGUUCUCAGCUGGACCUACAGAGCGUGAGUGUGAGGUUUGCCUCCCUGAAUCAUUUUGAACUCUCAGACCAAACUUCUCAGUAGGCUCGAUGAGAUGCACGACGGGCGCUAGAGAGCCUGCUGGAGCCACCAUGAUUCCUGAACCCUCACACACGCCAGGAAACGCCAGCACAGCGACCAGCCCCGUGCCAGUGACCGGGCUUCCCAGCAUGGGCGCCUCAAGCUGUAACGCGUCCUUCGAGGACACCAGAGUGUUCCUGGUGAGCGUGUACAGUGCAGUGUUCGCCGUGGGGCUGCCGGCCAACUGCGUGACGGCCGGGCUCACGCUGCUGCAGGUGCUACAGGGCAACGUGCUGGCCGUCUACCUGUUCGGCCUGGCACUGUGCGAGCUGCUGUACAUCGGCACGCUGCCGCUCUGGGCCGUCUACAUCCAGAACCAGCACCGCUGGACCCUGGGUGUCUGGGCCUGCAGGGUGACCGGCUACAUCUUCUUCUGCAACCUGUAUGUGAGCAUUCUCUUCCUGUGCUGCAUCUCCUGCGACCGCUUCCUGGCGGUGGUGUACGCGCUGGAGAGCCGCGGCCGCCGCCAACAGCGCACCGCCGUCCUCGUGUCCGUGUCCGUCUUUGUGCUGGUCGGGCUCGCCCACAGCCCGGUGUUCAGAAUGGGAGGGGAGCCGACAUGCUUCGAGGCGCCGAUGGACACCGAGGUCGUGGCGUACUACUACCUGCGCUUCGCCCUGGGCUUUGCCGUCCCGCUCGCCGUCCUCGCCUUCACCAACAGGCGCAUCUUCAGGAGCAUCGAGCAGAGCGCGGGCCUGAGCGACGCCCAGAAGACGAAGGUGAAGCACUCAGCCAUCGCGGUCGUGACCAUCUUCCUGGUCUGCUUCGCCCCGUACCACCUGGUGCUCCUCACCAAAGCCAUGGCCUAUUCCUACUACAGGGGACAGCUGGACGUCACGCGCGACUUCGAAGUCAAGCUCUGCCAGCUCUCCGCGGUGUUCCUGUGCCUGUCCACGGUGAACAGCGUGGCCGACCCCAUCAUCUACGUGCUGGCCACAGACUGUUCACAGCAAGAAGUGUCCAGACUCCGCGGGGGGUGGAAAAAGUGCUCCGCGAACACCGACAUCCCCAAGCACACAUGUUCGAAGGGCUCAGAGGAGCUGUCGCUGCCCACGUUGCCCACAAAUGACUACAUGUGCCCCGGGGCCGUCCACCCCCUGGAGUCUGGGCCGGCCACAUGGAGCUCAUCACUGGACACCUUGGAGAGGCUGGAUGAAGAGUCCCACUGAGCCCGGUGUCCUGCAGGGCAGGGAGGCCGGCAUGGGAGCCAGAGGGCCUGGGGUGUGGUUUCCCCACCCACUGAACUUGCCGACCGGGGUCCACGGUGCUGGCUGUGAAGUCCCCUCUGGAAAACAUGCCACCACUUUCUUGCUCCUGGAACCAUGCCCUCCAUAAGCCCUGACCCUUGGAUCCCGGCACCCCUAGGCUGUCCCACUGAGCCCCACACAGAAGGUGGCCGCAUGCGGGUACUCUGGCGGCACAUGGCAGGCAGGAUAGCCUCUUCCUCAGCUCUCAAGCUCGCUGGCUCACCCUGCUAUUAGCAAACAGCAGGGCCGUUGGCAGAGGCCUCAGGCCUGCCCGGUGCUGCCAGCAGCUGGCCCGUGCCACGCCCUGGGUAUGGCACUGUGAUACCCUCAUUUUCCAUGCUCUUCUGCAAGCACCGCUUGGAUGACUGUGAUUGUACAACAUGGGACCUUUGUGUUCUGCCUCAAGAUGCCCCUGCCAACUGGGCCCUCCGCAUAGUGCCUGGUUGUGGGGGGACCACUGAGGUCUGCGAGUGGGGGGCAGCGGCCCAGCCCCAGGGGCCCCAGGCUGCUCUGUGCUGAGCCGGUCUGAGGCCGCAGGCUGCUGUGGACCCCACAGGUGAGCUUCCAGCAGGGCGGCCAAUGUAUUUCCUGGAGGGUGCCCAGGUCAGAGAUGCUGGUGGACACCCCAGGGAGGGUGACAUGGCUGGCAAAGGGGCUCAGAGAAGAGUUGGAAACCCUCCACAUCAAGGCUCCCUGGCCUCACUGGCAGGGGAGCGGACACUGAGGACUCGGCAAGGGGCAUCAGGAGGGAGCAGGUGACACCCAGGGCCUCUAGCCCCGUGGCAAGGGGCAAAGUGCGGGUGGGGCUGGAGCCAGGCCCGCCACGAGGCCCGGACUCGGGUCCCGGCUCUGCCCCAGCCAGCCUCAUCACGGCCAGGUCACGCGGUCAGUGCUGGAGGUGGGAGCCCAGAGCCCCCCACAGCAUGGC